UUUUCUACUUCCAGACGAAUGUUUCCAUUCCUGAGCUUUAAUAUAUCUGGGCUUGAUCCGACGGCAAAUUACAAUAUUUUUGUGGACGUCAGUCUCGCGGACCCUAAUCACUGGCGGUUCCAAGGAGGACAAUGGGUACCCUGCGGCAAAGCUGACUCGAAUGGGACAGGGAACAAGGCCUACAUGCAUCCAGACUCUCCGAACACCGGCGCGCACUGGAUGCGUCAAGAAAUUUCUUUUGGAAAACUGAAGUUGGCAAAUAAUAAAGGGGCAUUGGAAAGUGCAGGGCAGAUGGUUGUCGUUCAGUCCCUCCAUAGGUACCAACCCCGUCUUAAUGUGGUCGAGGUGCACGAGGAUGGGGCCGAGAACGCAAGUCAACCCAGACAAUCAUUUACGUUCCCCGAGACGCAAUUCGUUGCAGUCACAGCAUACCAGAACACAGACAUAACACAGCUGAAAAUAGACCACAAUCCUUUCGCAAAAGGUUUUCGGGACAAUUAUGACAAAAUCUACACAGGCUACGAUAGUGACCGGUUGACGCCAUCACCGAGUGACUCGACCUACGCUCAGUUUGUGCCCGGUGCCAGAUAUGCUCUUGCUAAUUCUUUCCUUCAGCACCAAUUCGUCAGUACUUAUGCCAAGUCCUGUUUCCGCCCUAGCGCAGGAGCUACGUCUGGACUAGACUAUAACGUCCCCUUAACUAACAGCAUGCUGUCACCGCAAACCAGCGAGGAGGACACGAUGGCGGCAUCUCCGAGAUGGUUUGUGACACCGACAAACAACAGACUGGACUAUGCCUCCCGCACAAAUGACGCGACUGGAAACACUGCCACUUUGCUGUCAUAUGCAGCAGCUGGAAAGGCCCUACAGCUGUCCGCAACGGACAGUUCGGGUAGAGCCCUUGCUUAUUACGCAGAACCAACGGAUUUUGCGCGUACCUCACCCCACUAUUGCGGUGCGUCUAGCCCGGCUCUGUCCUGCUGGACUAAUGGACACGCUGUUGGUACUACGAACUUUGACGAGGUCCUCUCACUUUCAAAGGAGAGUUUGCCAACGGGUGUCUCUGAAGACGCAAAACCACAAGAUAUCUCGGAGUCUAGUUGGAUAGAGACAUAAACUGAAUUGAAGAGAUAUCCCAUCUUAGAUUAUUGGCAUCAACGAGAACAGUCUAAAAUACCCACCUGGACAUCGUUCAUUCGUUUUUUUUCCAUUAGACUGCAUUUUUGGAUUAGCCUACAGUGGGCUGUGGAUAUGACUGAAGUAUUAAAAUGUUAACGAGAAAAUAGUCUAUUUAAGCUAUAAUAAUGUAUAUAUUUAACAUUAGCUGUAGUCCCACUCUAGAUGUUUUCAUUGAAUCCUGUUUUCUAAUUUGACUGAUUUGAUUGAUUUUUGAUUUGUUGAAUACAUUUUUGGAACGUGUUCAUGUCUUAGCCUGCAUUGAGUUUCAUUGGCAUUAUGUUUUAUUGUGCUGGCUUUAGUAGGCUAUAUAGGAUCCACAAUGUCUUUACUUGUGCAAAAAAAAACAAGGUUCUGAGCUAUAACAACUGUACUUAAAGUAAGUAGUCCAAUGCUUCAAAACACAAAGGACAUAUUCAUAAAUCAAUGCCCAACGCAAGAAGGUCAAGAGGGAAUUUGUUGUAGUCUUUGAUAGGAUGUACACUAAUUCAUGAUCUAAAAAUAUAAAUUGGAUUAAAAGCAGAUGGAUAAAUUGCAA